UAAACCAUUGAUUUGAAUGUGUUAUACAUUUUAUGUCGUGUGCGUUUUUUUUUUCAAAAAAUGAUAUUGUAAAAUGGCCAAUAAUAAAGCGAUUUACUUAUAUGUGUAUGUAUUCAUAUUAAUAUUCAAAGAAGCUACGGCACUUAGAUCCCAGAAGAUUCGACCGAGUGAUGACACCAUAGAACAAAUAGAGUCUUUAAAAGAAAGGAUACUGGCCACAGAUAAUUUACGUCCAAAAUCGUUAGCAGCUGAACAAGACCCCGAAUUAUCUUUUAGAAUAGGCUUGGGAAUGUUAUCACCGCUUCCAAUAGACGUGGACGACGAAUUGUUAAAGAAUAUUGACAGUCAAAAGGCAUUUGCAUGUUCUCAGCUACAGUGUUCCCGGCAAGAAACUUCUACACCAGUUUGUGCGUGCAAUUAUAAAUCCGGCAAUGUAGUAACCUUUAAAAAUGAUUGUGAUGCUAAAAAGCACAAUUGUAGAUUCAAUACAGAUUUCCACGUAAUUUUAAAUGAAAUUUGUCCUUGGGAAUUUGUAUCUCGGCGUGACAGUAAGGAGCUUAACAUAAAUUAUGACGAUCCGAAGUAUUACAACUAGAAUUAUUUUUUAUUG